UUGUCAUUUUCUUGAGAAGAAAAAUUCUUUAGUGGGGUUAUAGUGUUUUGGUAUUUUCAUCACGCAAGAAAAUUGCGAAAAAUCAGUGAAAAAUGGCAGCAAGUCGCGAGGCUGUGGUGAGGACCCUCAAACAGGUGCGCCCCAUUCUAUCUGUGGAUAAAUCUGAGGCCAGAAGACGUGUUUUCAACCUCUACAGGGCAUGGUACCGUCAAAUUCCCUACAUAGUGAUGGACUACGAUAUCCCCAAAUCUGUAGAGCAAUGCCGUGAGAAGUUGCGGGAGGAGUUCCUGAAGCACAAGAAUGUAUCGGACAUCCGGGUGAUUGACAUGCUAGUCAUCAAAGGUCAAAUGGAAUUGAAGGAGUCUGUGGAGAUUUGGAAGCAAAAAGGACACAUUAUGCGCUACUUUAAGGAGACUUUUGAGCCAAAACCAACUGACUUCCUCUCGAAGUUUCUCUCUGGCCACAAUUGAGCUACUGCCUCAAGGAGGAUUCUUCAGAUUUGUUAAUUAUCUAGUUGGAAUGUAAAUAAAACUCGUGGAAGUAUGAUGAAAAUAUUUCAAAAA